AUGCCGAGUUUGGGUGCCGCCUGGCUCGACGGCGGCUGGGUUCCAGACUGGCUCCUGCGGUACGCCAUCCGUCGCUUCUGCGGCAGCUACAAGCGUGAGGUCGACGGCCGCAACCGCACGGCCAGCAACCAAGUCAAGAUGGAUUACAUCCACGCCCUCAAGAACCAAAAGGUCAUUGCCCUCAACACAAAGGAGGCCAAUGAGCAGCACUACGAGGUCCCCACCUCCUUCUUCCGUCUCCAUCUCGGCGACAGAAUGAAGUACUCGUGCAGCUACUACGAGUCGGGUGCUAAGACCCUCGAAGAGGCCGAGAUCGCCAUGCUCGAGCUCUAUGUCGAGCGCGCCGACAUCAAGGACGGAAUGUCGAUCCUCGAGCUCGGCUGUGGCUGGGGAAGCUUGUGUCUGUAUCUGGCCGAGCGAUUCCCCAACUCCCAGGUCACGGCCGUUUCCAACUCGAACACCCAGCGCGAGUACAUCACUGGCGUCGCGGCCAGCAAGGGGUUCAACAACAUCAAGGUGAUCACUGCAGACAUGAACUACUUCAACUUUGACCACCCUGUCGAGUUUGACCGCAUCCUCAGCAUCGAGAUGUUCGAGCACAUGAAGAACUACUCGCUCCUGUUCCAGAAGGUGUCGACGUGGCUCAAACCCGAAACCGGUCGUCUCUUCAUCCACGUUUUCUGUCACCGUGUGAUGCCCUACGACUUCAAAACCGAGGACGACGACUCCUGGAUGGCCCGCAACUUCUUCACCGGCGGCACGAUGCCAUCCGAGGACCUCUUCUUGUUCUUCCAGGAACAUAUCACCCUUGUUAACCGCUGGACCAUCGAUGGAACAAACUACUACACCACCUGUAACCAGUGGCUUGAGCGCCUGGAUGCACACAAGAAGGAGGCGAUUGAGAUCCUCACCAAGGCAUACGGCGACCCCAAGCUUGGUUUUGCCUGGUUCAACCGAUGGAGGAUGUUCUACAUGAUGUGCGGCGAGACUAUGGGUUUCAACAAAGGCCAGGAAUGGGUCGUAGCCCACUUCCUGUUCAAGCGCAAGUGA